GCUAACAACAGGUUGACUUGUUCAGUUUAGGGGAAUAAAAACCUCAGUUUCUGUAGCAAACCUCUACAAACAUAUCUCAAAGAUGAGACCAAAAAUUUAUCUUUUUGGUGACUCAAUUACUGAAGAGUCCUUUGCUGAUGGCGGAUGGGGUUCCUUGCUUGCCAACCAUUUCUCUCGGACGGUUGAUGUGGUGCUAAGAGGGUAUAGUGGGUAUAACACUCGGUGGGCUCUAAAGGUGAUACAGAGUGUCUUUUCGGCAGAGAAAGACGGUGGCGGUGAGGGUGCACCAGUGGCAGUUACGGUGUUCUUUGGAGCAAAUGACGCUUGUAUUCCGGAUCGAUGUUCUGCGUUUCAACACGUGCCUGUCCAUGAAUACAAGCAAAAUCUCCAUUCUAUUAUGUCGUAUCUCAAGAAUAAGUGGCCAACAACCCUCAUUCUCCUUAUCACUCCACCUCCAAUCGAUGAAGAGGCGCGCCUUAGCUAUCCUUAUGUGGAGAAUCCAAUGGGUCUGCCUGAGAGGACAAAUGAGGCAGCUGGUGCUUAUGCCAAGGCAUGUGUUGAAAUUGCCACAGAAUGUGGAAUCCCUGUGAUAGAUCUCUGGACCAAAAUGCAGCAAUUUCCUGACUGGCAAAAAACUCAUCUAAGGGAUGGAUUGCACCUCGCUCAAACUGGAAACAGGAUUGUUUUUGAGGAAGUAGUUGCAAAGCUGAAGAAGGAAGGCUUGAGUCUGGAAAAGUUACCGGUUGAUCUCCCGCUUAUAUCUGAGAUUGACCCUAAUGACCCACUCAAGGCUUUUCAGAAGUAAUAAUGGGUGGAUUGUGGAAGGUUAUUUGACCAAAUUAAUAUUUCAUAAACAGCUGGUAAUAGACAAGCAAGUUAUAUUCAGCGUAUGGUUGAGCCCCUUUUGGCUUUGAAGACAGUUGUUUGUAUUGAUGAAAAUUUUUGGUGUCAAUUUCCUGAAAUCAGAAACA